AUGGCAGCCCAGGAGAGUGGUAAAUCCUACCUGAGCAAGCUUUCACCAUGGAGCAGGAGUCCUACAAUACCAAUCAGUAAAGGAAAGGAUGGCGAGCCCGAGCCAGGACCUACACUGGUGCAGCAAGAAAAGGGUGCAGAUCAUAUGGUCAACAACAGGAAUAGGCUGAGUUUGAGGAGGAAGUACCCCAAAGACUGUCCGCCUCUGAGGCCGCAAUGGUUCCAUGCAGUGGAUGUACCGAAGCGUAGGCCCAAUCCUGCGGGCACAACGAAUGAAGAGAAGCCAGCUGGAAUACCCAAGAAAUAUUCGGCCUUCUCCAAAACCGACUCGAAGUCCAUCGAAGUCGCGUUUCAAAAGCUGUUGGAGACAGAGGAUGCAGAGGAUAACUCGAAGCAUGCGCUGCAAGGCGGCGACAUGGGAGAAAUCAAGGUGCCUGUGAAUGAGGAUUAUCUUUUUGAUGUCGACGUGAGCAGACGAGAACUGGCACCAGCAUAUUGGCAUGGACCUGUGUACGACGUGCGAAGAGGCACGUGGUUCUACCAGGACGGACAAGUACAAAGGCCAUGCGACGAGAAUCUUGCUGCUCAGCUAGAGGAAGGCUACUUGAAAGUAAAGGCCUGGAAAUUGCCGUCCGCCCAAGCGUCGCAGUCCAAGUCCGCCGAGACGAAAGCUGGUACCAACACUGGCUCUGCCUCGCAGCCGCGUCCUCUUUCAUGGACACCUGGGUCAGAGACGGAAACGAAAGCACCGUCAACUCCAUCUCUUUCUGGCAAGCACUCACAGACGAAUCUUCGCAAGCAGCCCGCCGAAGAUGCGGGUGUAUCUGUGCAACCUGGAGGUAUCGAAAGCACAUAUCGGCUGUUUGGCGCCCACAUGAACUCAGUGGUGACCUACCAGGAUGGCGCCACGGCAUGGCUGUUAACGGACGACUUUCUCUCGAGAAUGAAUUACUCUGUAUACCAGCGCAUAGGUGGCGGUGGACACUUUGCGGGCAUGAAAAUGACUCGCGGCUACGUGGACACAGCGAAGAAGCCGGUCACGAAAGAAGGCAAGGUGACCGAAGACAAGAAUGCUGAAAAGAAAGAUGACGACAAGCAGGGCAAUGCGGAGGAAGAGGCACAAGAACGGCCUAGCAUGUCCGAAACGAAGAGAUCACAACUCCAACGUCAGAUGUCAGCCUUGAUGGAAGAUGCCACAGGGAGCAGUCACGACCGUGCCAAGCAAGACGAAGAAGCGCGUAAGCGUGAUGAGCGCGAGAUGGAAGACGACUAUCGCGAGGCAGAGAAUGACGAUCAGGGCCGUGAGAUCGAGCAUUUAAUUCUUGUUACGCAUGGCAUCGGUCAGCGCUUGGGACUGAGACUCGAAAGUGUGAACUUUGUACAUGAUGUCAACACUCUUCGCAAGACCUUGAAGACCGUCUACGCCGACUCGCCGGAUCUGAGAGCACUGAACGCCGAACUUGAGAAUUCCGCCACUGUGAACAGUCGUGUUCAAGUACUGCCAAUUUGCUGGCGGCAUUUGCUCGACUUUCCGAAGCAGUCGUUGCGCCACAACCGCAAGGAACACGACAUCGCUGACACUGACGCGGACGACGAAGACUACCCGAGUCUCGAGGAUAUCACAGUGGAGGGCGUGCCUGCAGUGCGCAAUCUCAUCACUGACCUGGCGCUUGAUAUCCUUCUCUAUGAUAGUCCGGCCUACAAGGACCACAUCUCGGGCAUUGUGCUAGAUGAGCUCAACAGAAUCCAUCGCCUGUUCAUGCAGCGGAACCCGACCUUCGACGGCAAGAUCAGCCUCAUCGGUCAUUCACUUGGAUCGGCCAUCCUGUUUGACAUUCUCUGCCGGCAAGACUCACAGCUAAAGCCCAAGCGCAAAGGUGAAAAGGGGUACCAGCUGGACUUCCCGGUCGAAGACUUCUACGCGCUUGGUUCUCCAAUCGGUCUCUUUCAGAUGUUAGGAGGACGAACGAUCGCGGCACGUCAAACGGACGAACACCGACACGUAAGUGUGGGCAGCGACCUCGGCGGUAUGGACGAUCCGAUGCCUGGUCCCACAUCGAGCAAGAAAGCAGUGAAUCCCGACCCUGGCGAUGUGCACGGCGAGAAUCCCGUUUCGAGGCCAAAGUGCAGCUCGAUCUUCAACAUUUUCCAUCCGACCGACCCAAUCUCCUACCGCAUCGAACCACUCAUCUCCCCUGCUAUGGCUGCACUUAAGCCGCAACCUUUGCCUUACACGAAGCGCGGCUUCUUCGGCGCUUCCGUCGGGCAAGGCUUCACGGGCAUAGGAGCUCGCGUCGGCAAGAGUGUCAGCAGUAUGUGGUCGAGCGUCGCGUCCAGCCUACUCACUCGCGGUCUCGGCUACGGCGAGGAGUCUACAAAAGGAGCUUUGAACGCUAAGAGUAGUGGUCCACUAUCUAUGGGACCGAGAGUCGCACCUCCCACCGCGCCUUUGCCUCCAAGGGGCACGGAAAUUGCGAAAAUCAACGAGGACAAAAUAGAUCAUGACAGGACCGCGACUUCGAAUGCAGACGAAGGACGGCAUCCUCGAACCCUGAUUCAGAACGAACUGGAAACGCUGUCUGGAGACUUUGAGAAGCGCCGCAAGUCCGCACAAAGCGAUGCAGAGAUUCGCGAUCUAGGUGGUGCGGUCAAGGGAACGGCGGAAUGGGCGGAUGCAGAAGAACGUGGCCGCAAACUCCGCAAGGAAGAAGCGAAAGUGCGAAGACUCAAUCAAAAUGGCCGCGUUGACUUCUCCAUCCAGGAAGGUGCGUUUGACAUCAACUUGAUCGCAGCUAUCGCAAGCCAUCUGUCAUAUUGGGGAGACGAAGAUGUCAGCCAUUUCAUUGUGUCGCAAUUGCUCUCCCGUCAUCGAGUGGUUCGCCCGAGGGCGGAGAGUGCUGGCAGAGGGAAGGCGUGAAUGAAGAAGCUUGAGCAGGAACGUUAUGGUUGUCAAGAGAUCACAGCAGAUCAUAGAGGAUAGAUGAUACAGAGAGAUGAGAACUAAUGACUUGCAUUCUACGCGAUGCAGCCUUUCAUGUAGAACGAUUGCAUUAGCUGCACUAUUGCAAAGAACAGUUCGCAGCU